AUGGCGUCACACGCGCCUAUUCACCAGCAGUCGCGCGACCCCAUCGAGGAUGUAUGGGGCCCGAGAACCCCGUACAAGCAUGAGUGGCCUACCCGGGUCGACAUAGAAUGCGACGACGAGCCGGACAAAUGGGUUCAGAGCGCAUGCGUGCUUUGUAGCAACGGCUGCGGUCUAGACAUCGGCGUCAAGGACGGCAAGGUGGUGGGUGUCCGUGGACGUGCGACGGACCGCGUCAACAAGGGGAGGCUUGGGCCCAAGGGCUUGCACGGGUGGAAGUCCAUACACCACGCGGACCGCCUCACACAUCCUCUAAUCCGUCGCAAUGGCAAACUUGAGCGGGCCACCUGGGAUGAGGCAAUGGAGCUGAUCGUGCAGCGCUCAAAGGACCUCAUCGAACGCCUCACGAGCCAUAGCAUAGCCUUCUACACAUCGGGUCAGCUGUUCCUGGAGGAGUACUAUGCUCUGGCGGUGGUCGGUAAGGCUGGCCUCUCGACGCUGCAUAUACCACUUAGCUUCUGGAGACCAUGGGCCUUGCUGACAGCCCUAAGGGAUGGAAACACUCGUCUGUGUACCGCAACAGCAGCAGCAUCCAUGAGAGAAUCGUUCGGCUCGGACGGCCAGCCGGGAUCGUAUACAGACAUAGACUACACCGACUGCCUGUUCCUGGUCGGUCACAACGUCGCAGCCACGCAGACGGUGCUCUGGUCACGGAUGCUCGACCGCCUGGACGGGCCCAACCCGCCGAAGGUCAUCGUCGUGGACCCGCGCAUAUCCGAUACCGCGAGGAGGGCAACGGUCCACCUCGCCCCCAAGAUCGGAACCAACCUGGCCGUCCUGAACGGCAUCCAGCACCUCAUGUUCAAGCACGGCUGGAUCAACAAGGACUUCGUCUCGAAACACGUCAUCGGGCUCGAGCAGCUCGAGAAGACCGUCGCGGACUACACCCCGGACAAGGUCGAGCAGAUCUCCGGCGUGCCGGCUCGGCACCUGGAAGAGGCCGCCGCGAUUAUCGGCCAGUCCGAGAGCCUCUUGUCGACGGCGCUGCAGGGCGUCUACCAGUCCAACCAGGCGACGGCGAGCGCGUGCCAGAUUAACAACGUCAACCUCCUCCGGGGCCUGAUCGGCAAGCCCGGCAGCGGCGUCCUGCAAAUGAACGGGCAGCCGACGGCGCAGAACAACCGCGAGGCCGGGUGCGACGGCGAGUUCCCCGGCUUCCGGAACCACAUGAACCCCGUCCACAUGCAGGAGCUCGCGGACCUGUGGAACAUCGACCCGGUCAGGGUGCCGCACUGGAACGAGCCGACGCACGUGCAGAACCUGCUGAGCUACAUCGAGAACGGCUCCGUCCGGAUGAUGUGGAUCUCGGGCACGAACCCGCUCGUCAGCCUGCCCAACCUGCCGCGCGUGAGGAGGCUCCUCACGGACCCGGGGCUGUUCGUCGUCUGCCAGGACAUCUUCAUGACGGAGACGGCCGCCAUCGCCGACGUGGUGCUCCCCGCGGCGCAGUGGGGCGAGAAGACGGGCUGCUUCACCAACGUCGACCGCACCGUCCACCUCUCGCACAAAGCCGUGGAGCCCCCGGGGGAGGCGAGGUCGGACCUCGACAUCUUCCUCGACUACGGGCGCCGCAUGGACUUCAGGGACAAGGACGGCGACCUCCUCCUCCCGUACAAGACCCCGGAGGAGGUGUUCGGCGCCUGGCAGAAGCUCUCGCGCGGCCGCCCGUGCGACUACAGCGGCCUGUCGUACGAGAAGCUGACCGGGGGCUCCGGCAUCCAGUGGCCGUGCAACGAGGCCAACCCGCAGGGCGCCGAGCGGCUGUUCGGCGAUGCCCGGUUCUUCACCGACAUCGACGUCUGCGAGAGCUUCGGGCACGACCUGGAGACCGGGGCCCCGUACUCCAAGGCCGACUACGCGGCGCUGAACCCGGCGGGUCGCGCGAUCCUCAAGUCCUGCCACUACAUUCCGUCCAUGGAGGAGCCGGACGAGGAGUACCCCUUACGGCUCUCGACGGGCCGCAACAAGUUCCAGUUCCACACGAGAACGAAAACGGGCAGGUCCAAGAAGCUCCAGGACGCGUGUCCGGAGCCGGAAGUGCGCGUCUCCCGGGAGGACGCCGCGGAGAUGGGUCUCCAGACCGGGGACGAUGUCGUUGUCAGAUCGAGGCGUGGAGCCAUUGAGCUAAAGGUCAAAGUAGGCGGGAUCUCGGUCGGCCAGGUGUUUGUGCCGUUCCAUUUCGGCUACUGGGAUGCCAAAGAUGGGAAGUCGAGAGCGGCCAACGAACUAACUGUCGAACGCUGGGAUCCCAUCUCCAAACAGCCAAUGUUCAAGUCUGGCGCCGUCCGCAUCGACAAGAUUGAAGCGUCCGAAAGGCCACAGUACCCCGAGCAGCAGUCCGCCGCAAAGGCGUCGUGCUCGAGCAAAGGAGCCGAUAUGACGGCGGCGGCGGGCGACCAGUCGAGGCGGAAACGCCACCUCGAGUCCUGGCUCGGCGAAACGUACGAGGGCAUCAAGCAGCUCUCCGAGAUCUACACCGAUCUGCUCCCUGACCUUAUCCAUGACGUCGAGAUAGAGGGCGGCAUCCGCGUCAUGCGCCGGAUCGCGGAGGACGUCGAGAGAAAACUCGGCGGGCAGGUCGACAAGUUCGGCGAGGACGUCCGGCGCGGCAGCCGCAAGGCGGCGACGCUGCGGGAGGCCCUCUUCCCGGCCGUCGGCGACGACGCCGCGCAUAGAGGCCCGUACGAGGUCAUGGAGGCGUUGCAGGGCCUGCACAUUUACCUCUCGCACAUCGAGGGCGGCCUGAACGCGCUGAUCCCCGUGAGCCAGGCGUGCUGGGACGCGGAGUUCUUCGAUGCCGUCAAGUUCGGGCAGGAGAGCAUGCAUCGUAUGCAGUCCUGGGCCAACCAGCAGAUCAAGGUCAGGGCGCCUCAGACUUUGCUGGUGCCGAUGCUCGUCCGAGACUGA